AUGUCGUCUUACGAAGCGCUCUCCGCCGAAAUCGACCGCAUAACCUCUUCUCCUUACCCAAGCCAACUCCGAACUCUCCACUCCAUAAUCCUCCAAAGCUCCGACGCGGACGUUUCCCAAUGGGCUUCUUCCAAACCGUGCCUGAUUGAACCUUUGGUAGGCUGUCUACUGGAGACACUACAGCAAUGGAGCUAUGUUCUCGAUGUUAUCGCUCGGUUUGCAGUGGUAGGGUCCGUAAGAGAUGUGAUUCUCAGAGGGGAAGCGAGUCUGUUGCAUACGUGCGUUGUGAAGAGUAUUGGAGAUAAUGAGAAAGAGGGAGGAAGAUAUAGGAGAGCCAGCAUAGCGCUUUUGAGUACGCCGUUACCGGAUACUGUGGCUUUGCCUGCAGAAGCACAGCAAUUAUUUGUACAGUUGGUUGAAGAAGCGGCUAAGAGACCUUGCGCGGGGACGAUUGAGCCGGUUUACAUGCUUCUGUCUGGAACUGGGAGUCUACUGCUUGGAGUUCUGUCGAGCGAGAUUCUGAUCAAGUUUGAGGAGCACAUGCUGAGUAUCUUGAAAAGUGGAGCUGGAGCACCGGAUCGGUGUUUAAGCCUGUACUGCCUUAGCAUCAUGAACGUUGUCUGUUCAUCUCUGGAUCCGGAGUUCAGACUUACUGCGAGUUCGUACACCUCGCAAGAGUUCCUGACCAGCACUCCUACUUCUUCAAGGUGGAAAGCGGAGGCCAUGCAGCAAUUCUUUACUGGCUCCAAAGCGCAGAGGAGUAUGCAGCUCAUUGUACUUACGGCGCUCUGGGCCGCCGGUAAGAGCUGCACAGAGACCUCAAGCGAGAAGACUAAAGCACUGGUACUCGCCAACGAGGUCAUCCUGGCUAUUCCUAUGGAUUUGAGAAAGAAUUGGUGUUCGGCGAAUACGAUCACGGUACGAAAGCUGCAGGAGAAGCUUUGUGCAGAAGGACAAGAUGAGACGGUCAAGACACUGGCAUUGCGAUUUCUUGGAAAACUGUGCGAGUUGGACUCGAUGCCACAUCCUGUCUUGGAAAGCCUGGAGAUGACCUUCUUGGAGCCGAAGAAUGUGCAGAUCGCUCAUAUGCUCUGUCCAAGAGUGGAUGAUAGUGAGCUCUUUUCUAGCGUUCUGGCGAGGGCACCAAUCAGUUUGCUGCUUCAAAAUGCAGUAGAUUAUGCUAUUCGCGCUGAGUCAACAGAGCUUGCGUCCGGGCUUGCCGCCGUUACGAGAGGUAUAAGAGACUCGCUGGCUAUCAUCGAGGAGCAGAAGAUUACGGGUCAUGAAAUUCGAGCUACUCUGAAUGAAGCUGUCUUCGUGCAGAGUCUACAGAAGCUUCGAGAUAUGGUACAGGAGCCGCAAUCACGGCACGGAAACAAUCAGCUGUCUGGUUGGUGCAUGAAGGCGCUGCAUCACAUGCGGUCAAACUUGGCUCAUCAGAUCUCUGAUCUGCUUCUCAGGGCUUGUCAUAGCUCCUCGAUGAGUUCCAGCUCGAUGUCACUUUUGCUAAGUCUACACGCUUCUUCUGCCCGAGGUGAUCUCGACUGCACACAUGAUCGGCCAGUCGGACGGGAUCAUCUUGACAUCGAAGACCAGGAUGAGAGUAUGACAGAUGUUGGGGACUGGAGGGAAGCUUUACACAUGCACUUCAAAGCCCGAGCGCAAGUGGAGCAGGACGCCGUUACGCGUUUAUUUGCCAAGGCAUGCGCAAGUCUUGAAUCACGAUGCGAGAAUGUCGAGAAGCCCCUGCGUGAAGAACAGGAGAAGCGUCAAGCUGUGGAAGAGCACAAUGCUGAUCUUACCCGUGCUUUCGCUGAGAUGGAAGCGCGCAAUGUUGAUAUGACUAUACAAAUUCGCGAUCUUGAAGAACAGAAGGAUCAGCAUGUUCAAGACGCACAAGAGCGUCGCAAUGAGAACGACGAGCUUGUUGAGCGAGUUUCGAGACUUGAGCAGAAGUUGCGAGAAGCACAUGUGGAAGGAGAGCGGCAACUCUCGGAAUUAAACAGGGCUAAGCAAAUGACCGAGUUGGACACUGUGAGUGCUAUUGCCAAGAAGCAAGAAGAGAUCGAUGACCUUCAGGAUCAACUUGGGAAAUCCAACCGGGAAGCUGCUGUUCAAGGACAAGAAAUGUCCGCUUUGAAGAGCGAUCUCCAUAAUGCUCAAUCGCAAUGCGAGCGCUUGGAGGAGAGUCUUAAGACUGCCAAGACCCGCAUCACGGAACUGAACUCGACCAUAAAUAGCCUCGAAAAUCACAACCGAGAGCUACGAAGCACGACGUCCAACCUCCGAAGCGAGCUUGACACCGUGAACUCCAACCUUGCGGCCAAAUCUGAGGAAGCUUUCGGACUCCAUCGACAACUCCAAUCAGCACAGUCUGAGCACGAAGGCAAUCGUCUCGCAUGCGACCGCGAGACAAUCGAAAUUAGACACAGCUUUGAGGAAAGAAUCGAAGAAGCAAACGAAUUGGCUCGCCGACUUCAAUCGUCCAAAGCCUCUCUAGAAUCUCAAAUCGAAACCUUGAUCCAAGAACAUCACGAAACCUGCACCCGCCUGAACAACGACAUCUCCUCGCGCGGGAACAAGAUUUCCGAUCUCAGAAAACGCACCGAACGCCUACAGCUUAAAUGCAAAGAGAAAGACCAACAAAUUGCUGAAGCAGAAGUGAUGAGAAGCAAUCUCAUGGCUGCCAUGGGGUUGCCCAAAUCUCACAAACUGCCGCACCGCUCUAGUGCUCAGACACAGGACGACCCGACGCCGCCGACCCCUACUUCUAGAGACGAGAAUUGUGAGACUCAAGAGUACGACGCUUCCCUGAUCUCUAAUAUCGCGGAAGACCAAACACAGGAGGAGGAUGAGGGUCAAGAAGGAAGAGACGGCCCUACUCCCAAGCGACCACGUUCGCGCUGCUCCAUCGUUCCCGCGGUCACUCGCAAUGCGCGCGCAAGCACAGGUCGUAAUCUGGGUACUGCAUCUACUCACGCAACGCAAGCUUCGAGACGACAGACUUUGGGAGUUGUGAGCGGGAAUCGCGGUGUGUCGAAGCCUGCGGCUUUCAAGACUCCGAUGAGGAAGAAGGAGGAGAUUCCUGCAGAAGGUGAUGGGGAUGAGUCUACGUUCGAGGGUAGUGAGUUGUUCACGGGUACGCAGGGGGCUAGGAUGUUGGAUUUGCAGGCUGCGUAUGAUGGAGAGACGAUGAUGGAGUAG